AUGUCUGGAACCGACUACACCUACGAUGAACAGGGACAAUUUUUCCCUUACUUCAUCCUCACAAUCACAACGCUGGUGACUGUGCCGACAACCAUCUCGUUUCUAAGGCCGAGUAAAGAGCUCGAGAACACGGGAACGCGUAUAGACUCAGAUUUCAAGCCCGAACAUGCCGACCUUAUCCAAGGACAACGCAAGAAGCAGAAGCGGGCCGAACGCCGGAUCAAACGGGGGAUUCUUAUGGUCCUAGGAUGGGCAAUGAUUGCCAUGAUGGUGUACCUGAUCAUCGUCACUGCCCGCACAGUAACGAAGAUUUGGGACCCAUAUGAUGUAUUGGGAGUUUCUAGGUCCGCAGAUGAGAAGGAGAUCAAGAGGCAUUACCGAAGACUCUCCCUGUCACUGCAUCCUGACAAAGCCCGCGAGGACAGUUCGAAGAACAUUACAAUUCAAUCCAUCAACGAUCACUGGGUAGACGUCACCAAGGCGUUCAAAGCUCUUACAGACGAGGAGGUCCGCAACAACUUCCUUCAGUACGGCCACCCGGACGGCAAACAAAGCUUCAGCAUUGGAAUCGCGCUACCGAAGUGGAUUGUGACCAAAGGCGCUGGUAAAUACGUUCUGCUCAUCUACGCACUAGCCCUUGGUGUCAUCUUGCCGUACACAGUUGGAAAGUGGUGGUAUGGUACCCAACGGCUAACCAAGGAGAAGGUCCUUGUGGCUAGCGCUGGCAAAAUUUUCCGUGAAUACGACAAUGAGCAGGGCGAAGCCGGCGUUAUCGCUGCAUUGAGCACCGGAGAAGAAUUCCACGAGGUACUCGCUGGUAACAAAGCCGAUCAGGGCCUUUCGAAACUGGAACAAAAAGUCCUCUCCGAUGCCUCAAGUGUCGUCUCGCAGACACUUUCAAAGAAGGACCGCCAGAAACUCGACGAUCUAGAUGACAGCCGAAGGCGCAAAGUCAUGACAUUAUUAUGGGCGUACCUCGGUCGAAUUGAGCUUGAAGAUAAUACCCUGAACGACGAAAAGUUCGAGGUCGCGCCUGUUGCUCUCCGUCUCAACGAAGCUUAUACGGCGAUCGCGCUCGCAUACGGUAGCACCCGUGGUGUCCUUUCUGCCUAUCGUACCUCUCAGAACCUGAUUCAGGCUCUAAGGCCAGACGCAUCGCCUUUGGAGCAAUUACCAUAUUUCACUGCGCCAGUCGCCAAGGCCGCCGAAGCUGAGCGAUCAAGACUUCACAUGACCAUCCAGGAUUUUAUGCGCAUUCCCGAUGCGCAACGCAAAGCGCGUGUAGUCGCUCCCGGUCUCCUCACACAAGAGCAAUAUGCAACAGCAAUGUCUGUAGCUUCUCGUAUCCCUAUUCUCCACGUCGAGAAAGCAUUCUUCAAGGUUGUUGGUGAACGCUUCGUCACACCGAGCAGCUUGGUGCAAUUCGUACUCAAGGGCCGAUUUAUACCUUCGGAGGCCACCAACGUUCCCGAAGUCAACCCCAAGGACUUACUUGACAUUGAUCCGGAUGAAGGCGAUGUUGCAGCCAUUACAGGACGCAAAAACGACCGCUCAGAUGAAAAGCCUAUCCAACCGCCUCUAGCGCACGCGCCCUACUUCGCAAGGGAUCAUGCACCUAGAUGGCACAUUUUCCUCGCCGACAGCAAGCAGGGCCGUAUCGCAGUUCCACCAUUUACAUUUUCCACAUUCGACAAGCCCAUCUUUGAUGAGAGUGGUAACCCUACAUACAAUGUACAGACUUUGAAGAUGCAAUUCGGUGCUCCACCUCAAGCCGGAAGCUACACAUUCGUCAUGCACGUCAUCUGUGACAGUUAUGUUGGUAUGGACACAAAGAUGGAAGUUACCUUGGUUGUUGAAGACGCCAGCAAAGCGGAAGAGGUCGAUGAAGAGGAGGAGAUUAGCGAGCCAGACGAGGAAUCUCUUGCUGGGCAAAUGCGCUCCCUAAAGACUGGUGCUGCACCUUCCAAGAAGCGGAGACAAAUAAAUGAUGACUCUAGUGGAAGUGACACGGAAGGUGACGUCGACUCGGAGAGUGAGACCGAUACCGAUACCGACUCGGAUGAGGAAUAG